AAAUCAAUAAUUUAGUUAAAGUAGCGUUCACAAUAAUCAUUUUGUAUAAAAAUAAAUAAAUAAGAAAUUAAUGAAGACGUGUUCUAUCAGUAUAUUUAAUAACGUAAAUUACGCUGUUAUACAGUUCUGGACUACAUAUUUUCAUAUACCGAAAAACAUUUUACCAUUCAACUGUUCAAUACCUACUGCUGUAUGUCUAUGUUGCAAAGCGAAGAAUAGUGUAAGUGUAAAUGUAAUAUUGAUUUGGUUUGCAUAAAAUAUGAUUGUCAUGCAAGUUUACAAGUAUUUGGAAUAGUAGUGUAAAUUCAAUUUAAAAAAUAGGCUGCUUCCUGCUGUCUAUAGUGAUUACAAUCGAAUUUCGAAUUUGCCGCCAUAACCUCGGAGCGUACGUGUGUGAAAUGUUUUCAUAUUUCGAUUAAUUAUGGCGGACUGUGGCUGAGCGAAGUUCAUUUUUCCAUCAAGAGUGCAAAUAAUUCGUUGAAACGUUGAUGUGCUUCGAUAAAUAAGUGCAGAGGCGGUCGGGGAGUAUCGGGUGGGCGGCGUUCGGCGAUGGCGGAGAACAGGGGUUCGGUAGACGUCGUUAUGCCGGACAUUACCGAAGUGACCGAGCCCGAUCCGCUGGCGGCGGCGAGCGAGCGCGAAGUCGAGAGGCUGGAGCGCGACGGCGGCGCGCUCAAAGCGGCCCGUCUCGCUGAUUCCAACGGCGUGGUGACCGUGCCCGUGUCCCUUCCUGUCGGGACUCUUAUAACGGGAACGACCUUCAAUGUGAUCACAUCGGACCAGCUGCCGGGCCACUUUAAGCCGAUGCUCUGCGUGGACAACGGCUUCAUAUCAGGCGGGCCGGUGACCGAGGAUAUAAAAGCCACACAUAUAGUAAUACAGAACCCACCGUCGCCGCGGCACGAUGAGGGUUCCCAGGCGCCAGCACGAGCGAGCGCGCGUUCGUGGGCAGAGACGGCGAACAUGCCCAUUCUACCGGUUCGGUGUAAAAAUACCUCUGCGGAGUUGCACAAACAGCGGUUCGGUUCGGGGGGUCGCGGGAGGUGUAUUAAGUACGGACUUGAAUGGUACACGCCGAGUGAGUUCGAAGCGUUGUGCGGGCGGGCGUCUAGCAAGGACUGGAAGCGCUCGAUAAGGUUCGGCGGGAGGAGCAUCCAGGCGCUGAUAGAUGAGGGCGUGCUGACGCCACAUGCCACCAGCUGUACCUGCGGCGCAUGCUGCGAUGAUCAGUCUGCCAUGGGCCCCGUCCGUCUAUUCACACCCUACAAGCGACGGAGACGCAACCAAGAGGAGGGCACCGAGAAGAAGCCCAAGAUAAAGCGGGACAGCAGUCUCGGGGACAGCGACAUGGACAACAUUCACAACACGAGUAACAACAGCCACUCGAAGGAGGCCUGGCAGACCAUAGCGGAGGGCUUGGAGAGCAAUACGGACUAUCAUCUGCUGGAGGCGCCGGACGCGAGCAACGAUCCUACUGCCAGUCUCCCAGACAUGAGCGGCGUGCUUAAACGUCUCGACGACAUCGGGGCGACACUCUCGCGACUUGCCACCGAGUUGAAACAGUGUGUCGAAGAUGUCAGGGGAGUGUCCGCUCGGCAGCUCGCCAGGAUAGAACAGGAGAGGGCGGGGGCAUUGUUACACGCGGUGGAACAUGCCGAUGCGGCGUUACAUAGCGCUGAUGAUGCAGAGGCUAAGAAGUGUGCAAACUGCAAUCGGGAGGCGUCGGCAGAAUGCUCCCUCUGCCGCCGUACCCCUUACUGCUCCACUUACUGCCAGAAGAAAGACUGGGCCUCCCACCAGAUAGAGUGUCUCCGCUCCGUGCCCACCAUCCACGACCAGCACCAGUCCAUCAUGCUCAUCGUGGAGAGCCAGCACCAAUAGCGAGAGCCUAAUCUGGAGAGGCUUCGCCCGAGUGUCCUACGACGGAGAUGACAAAGCCCGCCCCUGCCAGAAUAGGAGCUUCACUACAAGCCCUAACAACUCACAUUGAAUUCGGACAUUUAUACCGCUACAAGACCUACACCCCUGCCAGAAUAAGGACUCCACUACAAGCUCUUACAACAGUGACUUUUGUCAGAAUACGGACAUUUAUACCGCUACAAGACCUACACCCCUGCCAGAAUAAGGGCGCUACAAGCCCUACACCCCUGCCAGAAUAAGGGCUCCACUACAAGCCCCAACAACAGUGACUUUUGUCAGAAUAUGGACAUUUAUACCGCUACAAGACCUACACCCCUGCCAGAAUAAGGGCUCCACUACAAGCCCCAACAACAGUGACUUUUGUCAGAAUAUGGACAUUUAUACCGCUACAAGACCUACACCCCUGCCAGAAUAAGGGCUCCACUACAAGCCCCAACAACAGUGACUUUUGUCAGAAUAUGGACAUUUAUACCGCUACAAGACCUACACCCCUGCCAGAAUAAGGGCUCCACUACAAGCCCCAACAACAGUGACUUUUGUCAAAAUAUGGACAUUUAUACCGCUCCAGUCCCCCAAAAAUCUGCACACUUUUGGAUAUAUGCUCUAAGAAAUUUAGUUAUAAAACCCACGUACAAAAAUUGUACAGGAGCGCUUAUGACCUCGAUUGUUUUAUGUGUUUCGUCUAAUAGUUGAGGUGGUCUGUGCUUCUGUCAUAAUCAAACUGAAAUUUUUGGUGCAAUGAUUUCCUGUAUUUUUAACUCAUAUUUUAAAAUAGAUACCAAAUUAUGAAUCCGAAAUAGGUAAGCUCCAAAUAUUCUUAGGGCCGGUACAGACGGACUGCAACUCGACUGCAACUUGUAUGGGACUGCAUGCCGACUGCACUCCAACUGCAACGUCGACGUGCAGUUCCCAUACAAGUUGCAGUCCGUCUGUACCGGCCCUUAGAAAUGUUAAAAGUAGUUUGUUUUUAUAGGUUUUGUUUAGUGUAACAUUCCUGCACACAAAACCUAGGGUGAAGGUCAUCACGCUUGUUAUCCAAAUACCUUGCCGUAAAAUGUGCCCACUGUGCUCCGAAAUUCGAAAUUUUAUUUAAAAUAGUUAUAUUUUUGUAUAAAAAAUCGGUAUAUUUUUUAUUUUUCAAAAAUUUUUUUUUUACAUUUCAAAGAUGUUUUGAUAUUUCGUGAAAUGGAAAACAGGUCGGCCGUCGGUCGGGCCACCGUAGAGAUGUAAUAAGCACUCUAAACGCUCGUAUAUUAGCUGCAAUACACGCACACGUACCUGGAUAAGACACAUUUUAUUUAAAGGCCACUCCACACUGGCGUCUCCCAAGCGUCAGCGUCUAGACAACUCUUUGGCUGCUGCCCGACGCAGCGUUGGCGCAACUGCGCAGCGACGCCAUUUUCCAUAGCGCUGACUAGACACCGACGCUCAAAAGACGCUAGUGUGUAAGAUUUUAUUGUGUGUUCAACAUAGUGAAAGGGGCACCGAUGUUACAUAAUAUCAGAGGACGUUAUUAAUAUACAAGCUAAAAGCCUUAAUUAGCUGUUAUUAGUUUGUCUUAAUCUGUCAUAUUGUAUUUUUAAGAAAGGGAGAAAACAUAAAUUGACUAAUUGAGGCUUUAAUUUUUUUUAAUAAGGGAGCAAUUAAGUCUCCACCGGCUUGGUAAGCGACGGAAUGUGGAAACGUCACCAUAUACGCCAAUUCCCAAAAUAUAUUGUUAUAUGUGGCAUUUCGACAUUUAGUCUUAUAGGCAUUAUCAGAGAAAAGUGUAUCGUCUACUUUUUUUCGCAAAACAAGCAACUUAGAAAAAAAUUACCGUUAUCUGACGCAUAUUCACAUACAUUUUAUAUGGGCCGUCAAAAAAACUGUCGACUAAAAUUUUUAUGAAAAACGGAGGUCUCUUUUUUAAAGGUUUUUUUUCUUAUUUUUCAUCAAUAGUCCUUGUGAAAAAAACCCACGAGAAACAGUAAAUGGUAAUUUUUUUCUGAUAACCUUAAGAUGAAGUAGUUUUAUGAUUCCCCGUUUAUGACGAGACGCUACCGAAUAGCUAGUAAAAAUGUACUUCCGUUACCAAAUAUUAACUUAGUAUUAAUUUGUAUGAUUGUGUAAAUAAUUAUCAAUUAGUGUGUGUUUAAAGGAUGUGGAUGCCGCGAGACUUGCUAUAUAUGCCAAUGACUCACCUUAAAUGGGGUUGGCCGGUCGAAGUAUUAAACAGAUGGCGCCAUCAUAGCUUGCCCUGUCAAUCCCUAGAAUUGUGUCAAAUUCUUGUUUUUUUUCUGGAAUUUUGUGACCUGGAUUCCAGUACUUUAAGCCAAAUCUCAUAGAACAAAACUAGAGACAGGGGCAAGCUAAUGAUGGCGCCAUCUAUGCAAACCUUUGACAGUUGCCAACCCCAUUACCAUCAUUAGUCUAUUUUUGUAGGAAUGUCAAUCUUUGACCAGUUGAACGCCAAGAACACCUAAAGUCGUCGUCGUUACUAGUCGUGCCCACAGCGCCAAGGACAUAAGUGUUAUGGCGGACGCUGUCAAAGUAACCGUCACACUUUGAAGUAAGGUUUAUAUUUUGACAUUCUCCAGUAUCUUAAAAUGUUACAAAAAAUUGCGGAUCUCACAUUUUUGGAUUAAUUUAGUAUUGUUGAACAAACAUUGUAAAAUAUUCUUCAUGCAUAUCCAAAAAAAAUCAAGUCUUGCAAUGAUAUCAACAUUCUUUUAGCUAACACUACGAUAAGCCGUUACUAUAGUAAAUAAAAUACUAAUGUUACCAGAAAGUUCGCCUGAGUAAUUGGCAACUUUUUAAAUAGGUCGACUAUUUUUUAUUUCAAUCAUUAGAACAAAAUGUACUGAAGUGGAGUGGAGUGGAGAUUUUGAGUUAUAUUGUUGUAAGUGUAUGUCUGUGGAGAUAUGGUGUAAAUUUAUUUUGGACUGAAGCAGCCAUGCAAUAUUUACAAUUAUGUCUUUACCCCCUUAUUCAUAAACGUGUACUAAAGUUACGAUGCCGCUGAUCAUCGUUUGUCCCUUUCCGACGUAUUAGUAUGAUGGAAAGGGACAAACGAUGAUCAGCGGCAUCGUAACUUUAGUACACAUUUAUGAAUAAGGGGGUUAGUGUUUAGAAAAUUGUGUUCUUUUUAUUAUUUUAAUUUAAGCCUUAUUUAGAAACUAUUCUGAGCGCCGACUGUCAAUUAGUCUCUUUAGUAUUUUUUUUAAUCAAUUGAGGUAAAGUAAGAACGCUAAUUGUGUUCUUUUUAUUAUUUUAAUUUAAGCCUUAUUUAGAAACUAUUCUGAGCGCCGACUGUCAAUUAGUCUCUUUAGUAUUUUUUUUUAAUCAAUUGAGGUAAAGUAAGAACGCUAUGCACGAAUUUCGUACCCUCAUGUUUCUAUCUCUAUCGCACGCGCAUAAUUAUAUUGCUGUCUCGCUCGCUGGCAUUGACCGCUGCAUCAUGAACGUGACAUCAAUAUAAUUAGUAGGUAAUUAAUUACGCGCGUGCGACAGACAAGAACAGGUGGGUCGAUGAACAACAUUAUUUGUGCUUAGUGUCCUCACUUUAGCUAAACAUAUUUAGAUUUUGCUGAAAUAUGAUAAUGUACAGAAAUCUACAUAUGUUGAUAUACAUCAACAAUACUUGUAAAAGCUAAUGAACUACAAAAAAGAUAUGAAUGUUUAAAAUAAAUUAAGUACAGUCACGGACUUUAAUUGCUAAGCCAUUAACCCCCUCAUUCAUAAACGUCUACUAAAGUUAACAAGCCGCUAAUAAUCGUUUAUGAAUAAGGGGGUUAGGGUUUACAUUGGACUUUUCAUACAGUUAGUUUUGACAGUCAAAUUAGUUUGAACAUGGUUUGAACGGUAAAUGGCCCUAAGCCCGUGACUGUGACAUUCGAAUUUUACCAUAUAUAGAAUAAAUUUACGUAAAUAUAAUAAUAUUAACUGCAGAACAGCACAAAAGUACAUAGAUUUUUUCACAUUUUUUUGUUAUUUUUAUAUAUUUUUCAACACUGGUGAGCGCGAUUGAUUUUCUAAUUGUGAUAUUCCUCAAUGAUACUCCUCCCGUUUUCGUGAGCCUCAAGAUAGUGGAUAUAUCGUAUAUAAGCCUUGAAGAGGGGUUACAUUUAAAAAAAUAUGGUUUUUAUAUUGAAUUUUUACCCGUUUUAAACUAGGGCAAAAGCCAUAAAAAUUCACACGCAUUAUACGUAGGUCACUAGAUAAGUUUUGCAAUAGACAAAUAUAAAACAAUGAGGUGGCCUAUCACAUAUAUUUUUUAAACUACGAGUAUAUUUCCAUAAACGAUUCCGCCCAAGUAAAUUU